ACUUUAGUAGAGGAGCCUCUGGCCUUGACCUUAAAUAAUCUCUAUUAUCAUGGGUCAUAUGUAUUCAGCUUAUGUAAAAUCGCCUGAUACUGCCCCGGAUUAUAACAAGCCACCAACAUUCGAGGCUAAUUAUGGAUUUGAAAAUGGCAGAGAAGUAAGAAAAAAUUAUGCGACAAAAGAAGAAUUGCAAGCUGCAAACAUAAAACCACACUUUCGUGAUUAUUGCGCACAUCUUUUACUACCCUUCUAUAAAUGUAGGAAUGAUAACUGGCCUUGGGUAGUAAAUUGCAAACCGGAGUUACAUGCUUGGGAGCAUUGUCAAUAUGAAGAUUUCGUAUUACGAAUGAAGGAGUAUGAGAGAGAAAGAAGGUUAUUAGAAAGAGCUAAAAGAAAGAGGGCAAGAGAAGGUCGAUCCGCAGAAGAAAAUAUUGAAUAACUGAUUGAAGUUUAUGUUUUGCCCUUCAUUGUAAAAUUAAUAACUUCAAAUACAUAAAUAUUAAAAAUUGUUUUUGAAAUAGCUUAAA